GCGACGGCAUCUUUCUUUGCGCUGCUGUGCGCCAUUCCGUUCACCCACCGCGUCCUCACCCACGAGCUGGGACGCUGGCAGAGCUUCGCCGUGGCUUUCUUCCACGCCAGGAUUGUGCUCUACUUCGGCAACUCCUGUAUAGGCGUGAGCGUGUUAAUGCUGCUGGCGCUCACGGUUGAGCGCUACAUCUCCGUCUGCUUCCCAGCGAAGGCCCGCAACCUGUGCGGCGCGACCAGACGAGCGCACACCACCGUAGCACUGCUACCACUCGUUACCUUCACCCUCUACAGCCCCUACCUUUUCCUGGCUGAUGUCAUCCAGUGCAGAGACGAUAGAGGACAAGUUGUGUACAUGAAACAAAUCAACGAAUCAUUGACGUUGUCCGGGUGGUUCAACGCUUACAAGUGGCUCAUGGAAAUAUCCUACAAGCUUCUACCCGCGGCGGUGCUUUUCUACCUGAACAUCCACAUCAUCUACGCGUACCGCGCCGUGUGUGAGCGACGGCGUAGGAUGACACAAACUAAGGUAAGCGGCGAACAGAGGCGUCAGUACGCAGAAGAGUCGCGCCUGAUGUUCCUGCUGGGUGGCACCUCUGCAAUAUUCUUCAUCUGCAUGACACCCAUGAUCGCCCUCUCCGUCACGGUCCACUUCACCCACUACACCACCAGCUACGUUUAUCAAAUUUUCCGAGCGCUGGCGAACGUGUUGGAAGUAACGAACUUCUCUGUCACGUUCUACAUCUACUGCCUCUUUUCCAAAGACUUCCGCGAGACGUUCUUCGCGUUCGUGCGAACCGCAACCCGGACAGCAGUCCCUAAAACAUAUUUCGCGUCUAUGUCAGGUUUUCGAGAGACCUUGAGACCCCCAUAGGGAUACGCCCCCACCCGCACCCCUCCUAUCACAACCCCCACACACGUAUGAUAUCCAAUAGAUGGCAGGGUGUGGUCACCCGCCAGUGAUGCGAUCACCCAGUCCUUUGCUCCCCCAGGCACCGAAGAUAGCGGAUUCCGCUCAGAGUUUCCUACCGACGGGAGCUCAUGUCAGUGCGGAUGUCAAACGGAGACCUCAGACAGAAGUGAUUUUGGAGGUCAUGUUGAUGUGGAUUUAAGUAGGGACAAUGAAUCAUGUUCAAUGGAAAUGUAUCCUAUUUUUUCCAAAGAAUGUUUCUGUUAAAACAAAUUUUAGGUGUUCCACCUGAUGUGUAAAUUUUAGCAAAAAAACAGAAUACUAUACAAGGAGAAUGAGAUAAGAUUUUGAUGAAACAUGCAAUGAUUCUAUUGAAUAUAGGUCUCUGCGGAUGACAUGUCGUAGAGAAGCAGAAAAAAAACAUUCCUCACUGAUUACAAUAAUGACACACUUGUACUUAAAAUAUAUAUAUGCGGAGUGUCGCAUUCUGGGGUUGUUAGAUACUCUUUCAUCUCAAUUUAAGUUAACGACUUAGAUAGCGAAACGUCAUUUAACGCACAAUCUUGUACGACCAUCAUCUGGUUCUUGAGUUGAUGAGUGCCAAUUUAAGGCUGAUUAAUUGAAGGUUUAAUUUAGGUAAUUUAAAAACAAUAAAUGGCGUUAUAAAAGACAAGAAAGAGCGCUAUAGAAGCAAGAACGCAACGAAUUUCACAGAAAACAUUGAUGUAGUCUCUAAGUAGACAGAGGUUUAAAAUAUUUCAUAGUAAAUCACUGAAAUUCAAUCUUACUCCUAGGAUGAAAAUAGUAAUAGAAUUUUGUAAGCCUUGAAGUGAAUUUCUUAGUUACUUCUAUAAAAACACGUUUUGUAAGUCCCAACUUGCGAUCAUAAUUCAAGUACACGAUAGUCAAUCAUAAUCAUGCACGUAGCAUGACGUAGCAUUAAUUAACAAGUUAAAAAAAAAUUCAUUGCACUUUCUUACAUAUUAAGGAUCUUGACAUGAGUAAACUUCAUCACAUUAUGGUCAGAAAACCAUUACUUAUAUAUAUUAAAAAUUAUUGAAUUCUUGGUAAAUUAUUAUUUGGUUUCCCUAAAUCUGAAUGGCCUUUACUUUCAAGAAGCUCAUUCCGCUGAAUGGCACAUGACUUUCUAUGAAAAAAAACAUUGCAAAUGAAUGCUUUUGCAAUUUAUUAGUUAUUGAACUUAUUCUAGAUAAUUAUUAUUAUCUGGAAUUUUUUUUAAUUGAAGAUAAUUGAAGCAAACUAGCUCGCUUCAAGCUGAGAUGCUGGACAGUGUGGAGAGUUUUAACGUUCCUUGAAUGCUUCCGUACAGUUAAUUCUGUACUCGCCGUUAACUGGAUACUAGUUUGUUAGAAUAGAAUAAGAAUUAGAAGCUUUUCAA